CGUCGUGUAUCGUGCGGCCCGGCCAGGCCGGGCCCGCGGGGAGUCCUCGGAGGGGUCUCAAGGAUCCGGAAUACUGCUGCCCACCGGGCCGGUGGUCCCUCUGGCCGCCUUCAUCUAGGAUUCCCCGCGAGAGAGCGGGAGCUGUGGGAAAGGGAGAGGGGCCCGAGGACGGGUUCGCGUCCCGCGUCUCACAGGGUCAUUUGGUGUCCCGUGGAGGGUAUCGGACCCGGGGCUCUGUGGUGACUGCCAGAGCUCUGCCUUUUAAGCCUCUUGGAGGUGCUGGAUGCUCCUUCUUUCUUUCUCUCUCUGCUCUAACUGCUCUCCGGGAGAGCUGACAUCGGGGGCUUCAGAUUAUUUCUGGGUUUAAUGAUCUGUGCUUUACAAGCAGAACAGUUCCCAUAAGUGUCAUAAGGCAAUGUUUUCAGAAUGUCAUCAGGCAUCCAAAUAAAACCAAAGACUGCAGUACAGAAGAGCAAGACAUCUUUGCCACAUUCUCCACAACCUGCAACUAAACCAAAGCCUAGUGACAGGCUGAAUCCUAAAACUAUUGAUCCAUUUAGUGAUUAUUCUCGACCAGCUUCUGCAUUUGCUGCUGUAUACGCUAAAGGUGGCAUUCCAUGCAGGUUAGUGCAUGGAUCAGUAAAGCACAGACUGCAAUGGGAAUGCCUUCCUGAAACUGUUCCCUUUGAUCCUCUUCUUGUGACAUUGGCAGAGGGUCUGAGAGAGACAAAACAUCCCUAUACGUUUGUUUCAAAGGAGGGUUUUAAAGAAUUACUUAUGGUUGAUGGUGCUACUGAGAAAGCAAUUCCCUUAUUGCCUCGUCUAGUUCCAGUCUUAAAGGCUGCACUGGCCCAUCCAGAUGAUGAAGUGUUUGGAAGAGGAUUGGAUGCUUUAGUUCAACUGAGUGCUGUGGUUGGCCCAUCUCUUAAUGAUCAUCUUAAGCAUCUACUCACAAAUCUUUCAAGAAGAUUAAUGAACAAGAAAUUUAGAGAAAAAAUUACUGUUGCUUUACAGAAGUUGGAGCAAUAUGGUGGAAAGGCAACUAUGGCUAUCAUCAAAUCUAAAAUUCCAACAUACUGUUCUGUCUCCUCUUGAACAAGGAAACUGUAGCAAUGUGUACUGUAAGGUGAAGUUUGGAAAGAAACUGCCUGUGAACGUCACUGACACUUAUUUGGCGUAUGAUAUAAUUUCUUAAAAUAAUCACAACUGCUCAGUAUUAUGGAGAGUGGGAAAAAUCCUAUCAAUUUAUGCAUAUAUAGUUAUGGAAGACGAAGUCUAUCUGUACUGGCUGCUGUUUGCAUAUGCAUUGUGCUUACAAUGACAUUGACUAACUGGCUAUUAUUUCAAAAGCAGAGUAAAUAUUGAUUCUUAUUUUGUUGUAAAUUACAAUGUCCUUUAAUAUAUCAGCAGUUCUUAAUGUUUUGUACAUUUGUGUGAUGCAAAAUAAUUUGGCUUUAAUUAUUAAAAUAGUAUCUUAGUAUCAUAUAUGUACAUCCACCUUUCAGAAACAACUUAUUUUGUGCUGCAGGCACAGCUGAUGAAUUUUGGGCUCAUCAGGAUUUGCUGGGUUAGGUGUAGAGCUAUGAGAAAUAAUCUGGACUUCUUGAGAGUCAGCUUUUAAAGGUAUGAAUGAGAAUACACUAAACAGGUAGCAUGCGGUGCAAAACUUAACUUGUUCAGUGCAUUCUCAGCACAUUGUUUUGAGAAGCUGGAGAAGCUUUGGAGAACACAGUGCAGAGGCAUCAGGUUGCUCCAUAGAGCCACAGCAUAGGUUUUGCUCAACCCAUUAUUUCCAGUUAUCUUUGAGCCUCCUGAAUGUAAGCUAGAUGUAUCGGGCAACUUUGUAGUAUUUACAUUGUGCGCCCUUUGCAUUGAGAUCUGUAAUGCCACAGAUAUGCUUAAGACCAGCCUGUGAAUUCAGCACCAGACAAGCUAAUACACUUCUGAAUGUAGAAGCUAUAAAAAAAAACCCCACUCUUAUUAAAGACAAUAAAAAGAGUGCAGAAGUCAGCUUACCUGACUGUCAAGCCUUGUAGGGGGCAGCAUUUCUCCAUGAACAUAUUUGAACUUGAUAACAAAAUAAUUCCUAACAGGUCUUGUAAUAAAUAUCCUUCAGGGUUCUCUGUGAGGGAGAGCUGACUGCGUAACAAAAUACGCCACAAAACUUUUUUCCCCUGAGGAAAAUUCCGGAAUUUAAAUCUGUUUUUUAAAGGUUGUGUUUUGUUGUUUUGGGUUGGUUUUUUUUUUUUGUCAUCGGAAGAUGCUGUUUCAUGUGGUAUUAAAAAAGUUUGUUGUACGAACAUAUGAAAGCAAUUUCAGAUUUUGUUUUUAACUUACCACUGCUUGGCUAAAGUAAAUUUGCUUCAGGACAGUGCUAAGAUCAGAACUGUGCAAAAGCAAGAUCUAUGUAUUUAAGCCUCUUAAAAAAUUAAUCUUGUUGGCAAAAAUGUUUAAUUUGAAGAAAUACAAGUAUUUGCUUAACAAAUUAAGAAAACCCGAUCAUGCUGCUCAUUUUUCUUCAUGUUUAUUUUAUUUUUUUUAACAAAAUGUGCACAUUUAGUUUACACAAACACACUACAGCAGAUUUCAGGUGUACAUGUAUUGUACUACUCUUAUCCUACACUGGUGAUAGCAGAGCAGCCUUCAACAUGCCUCCAACAUCCCAUGUCUACACCAGAAUAGAUACCUGAUUUAUUUUUCCGAAGAACACACCUGCAACAUUUCUUUCUAUUUCAUUAAUCCCCUUUCGCAUUUUCUGCAGCAAUGUCACAAUGAAGAUUGGCCUAUAUCUGAUAGCAUUUCACCUCUUUUGAGGAAACCUCUGUGGACUGUAUAUGUUAAAAAUUACAUCGAUAGGGGGGCAGUGUUAUAGUUAGGUACAUAUUUUUGUAGAAAAGUCCAGGUUCAGAAUUAAUGUAGCUCCAAUCUUAAUGAAGAUGUGAUCCUAAAAAAAUGUAAUGCAUUUAUUACACAUAGAUGAUAUUGUAUAGCUGAAGUUUCCCAUUCUUUCUUGAUUCUGUCUCAUAACCGAAGAUAUUGCAGAAAGUUGAUACAGAUGUUAGCCUGUCUAGCAGUCAGUCAUUAUUAAUAUAUGCUACUACAUAGUAAUAUUUAUUCUGAGCACUGAGGCAGAUGAAACAUACCAAAGUUCAUGCCUUUUUCUUCAUUAAAGGCAGAAAAAUACAUACUCAUGAAAACAGUUUUGGGUUUCUUCAUGAAAAAUUGAAGUUGGAAGAUCCUUAAUUUUAAGCAAAGAAAUUUGCAGACACGUUGAAGAAGAAUUACAAAUACAGUAUGUAGGACUCCUCUCAUGAUAAACUAAAUGCAGAUUCAUUAGGUGUGAUUGAUAGAAGCUUACUCAUAUUUGUUAAGGAGUAUAUCUACCUAUAAGCAAUGUCUUUUUUUGUUCUACAGCAAUUCUUUUCAAGUUACCUAUUUCAUUAGGUUUGGAGGGGUUUUUUUUAAUAGAAAAGCAAGUCAGAGGUGGAAGGCAAUAGCAGCAUGAUGUGCAUUGCACAUUGAUUACAGCACUUUAACUCAAAGUAUUAUUCAAAAAAUGACUACACCAUACAAAUGGGGAAAAAAAACAAACAUGGUAAUGCCUCUGUAUAAAUUAGAAGCUAAUAUUUGAGAAAUACACUCAGACACCUGGAACUUAAUCCAAUACAAAUGAGUAGCAAAACAGAAUAUUUAGUUAAUCUCCUUGUCAUAGUAUCUAUUUUAUGAAUGUGCUGGAAUUAUAAUAAUGUAAAGUCUUAUUUUGUUUGGGUUUGGAGUGAAAACAUGACUUUGCAGAGCAAUCUUGUUAACUAGCCACUGCUGAAGUGCUAAAUUGUAUAAUUUAAAAAUAUUUUUUGGGGAAAAGUUUAUAAUAAAAAAUAUAUUUGCAUAAUACAUGUCUCAGU